AUGGGGAUUUUCUGCCGCAAGAAGAAGCAGACAAAUGAUGAAGAGAAGCAUGAAGGGGACAAGGAAUCGGGCAAGAUGGACGCGGAGAUCCCCCCGCCGCUCAUGAUGGUGCUCAAUUCCGUGCAAGAAAUGGACCGGAAGCCGCCCGUGACGAUCGCGCUCAUUGCGGUCAUGUAUUUGCUGCAUGUUCAAGCGACACGGACUCCGUCGUUGUUGCGUCCGUUUGCACUAUGUCCUGGUAAAGUGGUGGCAAACAAGGAAAUUGCAGCGGUGUUCAUCUCGCCGUUCAUCCACUGGGAGGACUUGCAUCUAUACCAAAGCAUAUUAUCCUUCCUUUGGAAAGGAUACAAACUGGAAGGACGACUCGGUAGCAUUGGCUUUUGCGUGCUGCUGGUCUACUUGAUCGUCUUGACGCAAGCACUCAUUGUGGCUGGGGCGCACGUGAUAUCAUGGGGUGCAAUGCAGGAAUGCAUUACAGGCUUUUCCGGUGUGCUUACCGCUAUAAAGGUGAUUUUGAAUGUCAAUUCGCCAGCAUUCACGAAACUUUACAGCUUCAAGGUGCCCACGAAAUACGCAGCGUGGCUCGAGUUGGUUAUCACCUACCUAUUGGUCCCGAAGUUGCCGAUACUGGCUCAAGCUGCCGGGCUCAUUGCAGGUUACGUCUACGUCGUGACUCCGAACGCGCAGGGGAUAGUCGACUGUGUGGCUCAGCAAGUGCAACAGCUCUUGAUUCGAGCUGGAAUCAUGAAAAGACCCCUGCAGUGGUGGCAGCUCUGGCCGAGAUUCAGAGACUCCAUGCGCCGACGAAAGCAGCGCCGAAAAGAAUGA